GUCAAUAUUCUGCAAAAAUAAAAAGUUUUACUUUUCGGACGUUUACCUGUUUUAAAGCACUAUCAAUACACAUAUAUGAUCACAUACUGAUACGUUACGCAUUGGAAACAUUUUGCAAAUAGAAUUGAUUAAUUUGUGAAAAUGGACAACCCCUAAAAUGAUGACAUGAUAAUUGAAUAUUCUUAAGAAAGUAUUUGUACAUCCUUAUAUCACCCCUGAGACAUGGCAGGACGGUGGAGCAGUGAGAUUGUCGUGGCUGAAUACAAAGAUUUGCAGGCUAACUGCAUGGCCGUGGACUGUUCUGGUAAACAUGCUUUACUUUCUGGGAGAAAACUACUUGCCGUUGUUGAACUUGACAAACCUACGGAGAAUAUUCGUAAAAUUCCUCGUCAGAGUAAAUGGGAAGUUAGUGCGACUCAAUGGAAUCCACACUCAUCACAUAGCAACCUUCUGGUCACUGCGUCAAACCAGAAAGCAGAGGUUAUUGGGAUUACUGAAGGAACUAUAACACAGCAGUGUUCUCUGAAAGCCCAUACAAGAGUCAUAAGUGAUUUGGACUGGUCUAAAUUUGAGCCAAAUAUAAUCACCACCUGUUCUGUGGACACAUAUGCCUUUAUAUGGGAUAUUCGCGAUGCCAGAAAACCUGCCAUAUCUCUACAAGCUGUAGCUGGUGCCUCACAGGUGAAAUGGAAUAGGGUAUCUGGUAAUCUCUUAGCAACAACACAUGAUGGAGAUAUACGCAUAUGGGAUCCUAGGAAAAGUACGUCUCCCAUACAGUACAUAGCGGCUCAUCUCUCAAAGAUUCAUGGCUUAGACUGGAGUCCAAAUAAUGAGCUGCAACUUGCCACCUCCAGCCAGGACUGCACUGUUAAAUUCUGGGAUGUGAACAAUCCUCGACGCGCAACUAGUGUUUUGUCAUCUGCUUCACCAGUCUGGCGUGCAAGAUAUACGCCAUUUGGUACAGGGCUUGUUACAGUUGUUGUUCCGCAGUUAAGACGUGGAGAGAACAGUCUCGUGAUGUGGAACACAAAUAGUCUUACGCAAGCAAAACACACAUUUGUAGGCCACACUGAUGUCAUUCUGGACUUCCACUGGAGGUGCAUACAAGAAGGAACUAAAGACUACCAGUUAGUCACAUGGUCCAGAGAUCAGAGUUUACGCAUUUGGAAAGUUGAUCCACAGCUCCAAAGGAUGUGUGGACAUGAGGUGUUGGAUCUCUCAGGGGAGCUUGAAGGUGUUGAACAAGGUGUCUCCCCCGUCUUGGAUGCUUCAAGUCCUGUUGACAGCAAUACACUCCAAGUUCCAGAUUCGAAACUCUCUGGAGAAGCCCUUUCAGUAACGCCCCCUGGUGUUCCUGUUCCUAUUAUGGUUAAAUCGCCACAGAAUCAGAUGCCGAAAAAUUUGCAGCAAGAGUUCCUAUUGGUUAAUAUUGAUAUUCCAAAUGUCACUGUAAAUGAGAUGGACCAUGUUGCCAGGACUUGCACUAUUACUGCGAUCAGUGGAAAGCAUGUCGUAAAACUCAUCAUGUCUUUUCCUGCUGCCUACCCCAACAAUGCAGCGCCAUCUUUUCAGUUUGGAACUCCCAAUAACCUUGAGAAGACUGUCCAAGCCAAGGUCAUCAAGGUCCUCCAAGAUACAUCUCUCCUACACAUCAAGCACAAUAGGUCAUGUUUGGAACCCUGUCUAAGACAACUGGUCUCCUUCUUGGAUAAUUUAACAAUGGAAGAGCGUAAAACUCCAGACUCUGACACACCAUAUAACCUCCAACAGGCCCCAGUGGCCUCAGCUAUACAGACACCAUCUUUCAUGCCCCUCUAUAACUACAGUCCCUACAGCAGCUUCACAGAUUCUGGCAUCCCUUUUCCAAGAACUUCUGGUGCUAGAUUUUGUGGAUCAGGUUAUUUAGUGAUGUUCACCAGACACACUCACAAGCUUUUAGUCAGGAAGAUAUCAAGCAAUGAGAAGAUUACACCCAGGGCAAUGUCAGCACUCUCGCAGUUUGCACAACCACCUCAACAAGCUAUGCCCAACAUCAACCUCAACAUUGGGUGGGGGUUAUACGGACGGAGCCCCCCUACUAGUGAUGUGUCUAUUAGCAACUACUACCAUUUUAAAGAUAAGAAACAAAGAAGCAGUCAGAGGACCAGAGGUAAACUAAAGCUAAAAGAUGGCACUGACUUCCGAACUGGGCGUGGUGACAACGCAACAUCACCAAAGAAGCACCAGAAGCCUGCACGUAAAGCUGGUCCUGUUGUGAUAUACAAUACUGGCUGUUUGCUUCCAAUACAAAGGCAGUUGGGAGAAAAAUAUGUAAUUGAUUCCGACAAUAUUGAGGAAGCAUGUACCAAAAAUGCCAACCUAGCUGCUAGUCUAGGUCGUAAAGACCUUGCCCAGAUGUGGUCAAUGGUUGCCAUAGCUAACAAUAAAAUGUUAAAACCUGGUGAAGAUCCUGAUAAAGGAGCACCAUGGGCAAUGUCACCAUUCGGUCGGAAUCUCAUAGAAUCAUUAAUUGAGUAUUAUUCUAGUCUAUAUGAUGUGCAAACAUUAGCCAUGUUGUGUGCCGUGUUCAGCGAGAAAUGUGACCCUCGCAACCCUCCAGUUCUCCCACCCACACAAAUGAAUCGAUCAACAUCACAGGAUCCUGCAGCUGUGCAAGUUGACCAGCCAUACAACCCCUACCACACAAUACACCCUUCUGAUACAUCACUGAAGGGGUGGGACUAUAGUGCAGUGAAGUUAAAACGAUCAAGUAGUUGGACAGAAGCAUUUGAAGAUUAUAACUACAACCAGGAACUUGGCUUUGGGGUGGACAGUAAACAGCUUGAAUUGGAACAACAUGAAGCAAAUAUGCUUAUACUUGAUCCUGCAAAGAGACAUCAAUAUGACGCCUUUAAAAAAGCCUACGCCAACAUUCUCUAUCAGUGGGGUUUGAUGGAACAGCGAAAUGAGAUAUUGAAGUUUGUUUCUACACCCCCUGAACCACACAAAGGAAUAGAGUUUGUGACUGUAUGUCAUCAUUGUAGAAAGGAAGUGCGUGGGGCCCAAUGUGGCAGUUGUAAAUAUGCUGGUCUGCAAUGUUCUAUAUGCCAUAUAGCGGUCAAAGGAUCGUCUAACUUCUGCCUGUCCUGUGGCCAUGGUGGACAUACUGGGCAUAUACUAGACUGGUUUCAAACACAUGAUGUAUGCCCAACAGGGUGUGGCUGCUCUUGUAUUGACACAUAUUCUGGACACUUUAGAGAUAAAUAUGAAUAGAUAGUACUGUGUAUUUGUAUGGAAGGAUCAAAGUUACAAAUUGCUCAAAAUACUACAUUGCUCCACAUGUGAUGACUUUAAAAUUGUCAGUGGGAUUUAUCAAAUUGUUUGAUAUUUGAGAUUAAGGUUGGACUUGUGAUAUGACAAUUGGACCUAUGUGGCAUGAUGUCAGUAUGCAGGACAUUAUUUAUUAUUAUCUGCCCACCUUAAGGAUUAGCCACUCAGUGUUGGCUCUAAUUAGGGAGCAUAUAAGUAUCACCAUUUCACCUGUACAUUUUUCUAAACAAUAUGGUGAUCACUGUUACUGAAAAGUAACUUUUCACAAGAGAUCCAAGUGAACUAGCAAUUAUUUAUUAACUUUGUACUGAAUGAAUUAAUGCAACAAUUGCAAUAAAGAAUAAAUAUUUUGUAAAAAAUGGUUUGGUGUAAUAUGUUUGAAUGACACAAAUAGAAAAAUUGCAAUGAGCAAGUCACUAUUUUUACCCAUGGUUAAU